AGGAGCGCUUAUUGCCUUCGCAUCGCACGUAAAAUUAUGUGCGGUGUCUUAAAAAUAUAUCUUUUUGUGUUUUUUUUUAUUAAAGUGAGGCCUGCUUUUGACGGUGUUGAUGGGAUACCCUAAACAAUAAUUUUUCACCAUCAACAGCUCCUUAACCGCUCGGUCUUACCCAUCCCAGAAUAGAUGGACGGUCGUUAUUACUUUCCCCAUCCUUUUACAGGCAUAAAAUCGAACAGUUUGUGGACAUGGAAGAGGGAGCAGAACGGUCGCUUCGAAUAGGAGGAAGGAAGGAAGGAGAGAGGGAUCCGCGCGAGGAGCGAAGAGUCAAAUUCUAUUUUUCUCUUUUCUCCUUCCAUUCCAAUUUCUUCUUGUUGGCUUCUUGUGAUAUUCGGAGCUGAGAAAUUCAUUUCCUACAUGGACGACGGUCUGCCCUCAUCUCCCGGAAAGUUCAAGUCGGAGAAACCUCACCACCAUCAUUUGCGCCUCCUCCUCCUCUUUCGAUGGUACUGCUCCUCUCUCCACAAGUUUCUGUUCUGGAGCGUCGUUGCUGCCACCGUUCUCCUGCUUAUCUUCAUUGCUUUCCCGAAUUUCUCUUCGUCUUCCUCCUCUUCGUCGUAUUCCUACUCCGCGACUGAACGCCGCUCCCUCCGCACCUCCUCCUCCCCCGCCUGGGGUGAUCCCAAAUGGGAGAAACGCGUGCUCGCCUCCGCGCGCAUCCGGCGCCGCCCAUUCGGCAUUUCCGUUCUCGUCACCGGCGCCGCUGGUUUCAUCGGCUCCCAUGCAAGCAACGCACUCAAGCGCCGCGGCGACGGCGUGGUCGGCCUUGAUAACUUCAACGACUACUACGACCCCUCCCUGAAGCGCGCCCGUCAGGCUCUUCUUUCCCGCUCCGGCGUCUUCGUCGUCGAGGGCGACAUCAACGACCACCCUCUUCUCCGCAAGCUCUUCGACCUCGUCGCUUUCACUCACAUCCUCCAUCUCGCCGCCCAGGCCGGCGUCCGCUAUGCGAUGAAGAAUCCCGGGUCGUACAUCCACAGCAACGUCGCCGGUUUCGUCUCCAUUCUCGAAGCCGCGCGCUCUGCUAACCCCCAGCCGGCCAUUGUCUGGGCUUCUUCCUCUUCCGUGUACGGCCUCAACACCCAAGUUCCUUUCUCGGAGUCCCAUCUCACCGACCGCCCUGCCUCCCUUUACGCCGCAACAAAGAAAGCCGAUGAGGAGAUUGCUCACGUGUACAACCACAUUUAUGGUCUCUCCAUCACCGGCCUCCGGUUCUUUACCGUAUACGGUCCUUGGGGCCGGCCGGACAUGGCCUGCUUCUUUUUCACAAGAAACAUUCUUGCAGGCAAAACCGUCACUAUCUUUCAAGGUCCCGAUGACUCCACCGUUGCUCGAGAUUUCACUUAUAUUGACGACAUUGUACAGGGCUCCAUUGCGUCUCUGGACACAGCACAAAAGAGUACGGGCAGCGGCGGGAUGAAGCAAAGACCUGCCCAGCUCCGUAUCUUCAACCUCGGCAACACCUCCCCCGUACCUGUUGUUGAGCUCGUCUCCAUCCUUGAGCGCCAUCUGAAGGUGAAGGCAAGGCGCAAGUUUGUUAAGAUGCCAAGGAAUGGAGACGUGCUCUUCACCCAUGCCAACAUUAAUUUGGCCAAAAAGGAACUUGGCUACCAUCCCACCACCAAUCUACAGACGGGGCUGAAAAGGUUCGUGAAAUGGUACCUAGAAUACUACGCUCCUCCAUCUGGAUCUUUCCUGACCAAUAAGGGAAGGGGUGGCAGCAGUAGCUCCAGCUGAGUGGCGAAAGUGGAGUUGUGAUUAUUGCUUUGCUCGAAAGCUUUCCUCUUUAUCUGCAAAUUCUUUUAUUGCGUUAUAAAAAUCGUUUUUUUUUUAAAAUUUUUUCUCUGAUUGGUCUUCCUGAUUCGUUUGGCUUUGUUAGCCGCAUAAAAUUCCGAGGAGCGGAUGGGUUCUGGUCAAGUUUAGAAGAAUGGUUUUUCGUAGGUAUGCGUUGUUUGCAGGACAUUGUGAUUUUAUCAAUCAUCCCAGUAUAUAAAGAAGCACUUAAUUAUUUCUGUUCCCACCACCCUUUUUUUCUUAAUGUUUUUAGAUGUAUGUGUAAAUAGAAAAUGAUAAAGUUGUCAGUUUUCAGAGUGUUCAUUUUCUAUCAAUCAUGCUUCAGCGGAGAAGUGGAGCACUUUGAAAA